AUGUACCAGGUCGCUGGUCCCUCGGACAUCCUCGCGAUCACCGGAUGGGGUAUUCCGGACGUAAAGCUCGCGAAGAAAAAGUGGUUAUGGCCGGGCCAAAAGUGCCUCAGGGUCGACAUAUCGCCGGUGAAUUACACGUUCGAAGUCCAAGCCAUGAGCGCCGAGAAACUCCCUUUUCUCCUUCCGGCCGUCUUCACCAUCGGCCCACGAGUCAACGACGAGGAAAGCCUUCUUAAAUACGCCAAACUCCUCUCUUCACACGAUAAGCGCUCCAACCAUGUCAAUGAACUCGUCCAAGGGGUUAUUGAAGGCGAGACUAGGGUUCUCGCUGCGUCGAUGACCAUGGAGGAGAUCUUCAAGGGAACCAAAGAUUUCAAACAAGAGGUUUUCGAUAAAGUUCAACUCGAACUCAACCAGUUUGGGCUUCACAUCUAUAAUGCCAAUGUUAAACAGCUUGUUGAUGUGAGAGGCCAUGAAUACUUCUCGUACCUUGGCCAGAAAACACAGAUGGAAGCCGCCAAUCAAGCCAAGGUUGAUGUUGCUGAGGCAAAGAUGAAGGGUGAGAUAGGAGCAAAGGAAAGAGAAGGGUUGACGACACAGAAUGCUGCGAAGAUCGAUGCGGAGACGAAGGUUAUAUCAACAAAAAGGCAAGGAGAGGGAAAGAAGGAGGAGGUCAGGGUGAGGACAGACGUUCAGAUUUUUGAGAACCAAAGGGAUGCUGAGGUGGCUGAAGCCAAUGCUGAAGUGGCCAAGAAGAAGGCUGGGUGGUCUCAAACUGCAAAGAUGGCGGAGGUGGAGGCCUCCAAGGCCGUGGUGUUGAGGGAGGCCGAGUUGCAGAUGGAGGUGGAGAAGAAGAAUGCUUUGACUCAGACUGAGAAACUCAGGGCUGAGUAUCUGAGUAAGGCUAACGUGGACUAUGCUGUCAAGGUGCAAGAAGCAAAUUCGGAGUUGUAUAAGAAGCAACAAACCGCUGAAGCAGUUCUGUAUGAGCAACAAAAGCUUGCUGAAGCCCAGAAAGCAAGCGCAGACUCAGCAUUCUAUGCCCGUCAACGCGAAGCAGACGGUGAGCUCUACGCAAAGCAGAAAGAAGCCGAAGGAAUUGCUGCUCUAGCAGAAGCCCAAGGCCUCUACUUGCACCACCUUCUCAAAGAAUUGAAAGGAAACUACUCUGCUGCCCGGGAUUACAUGAUGAUCAACACUGGUAUGUUCCAAGAAAUCGCCAAGAUCAAUGCUCAAGCUGUGAACGGAUUGCAGCCCAAAAUCAGUGUUUGGUCGGGUGCGAGUGGCAGCAGCCAAUAUGAUGGUGCUGGUGGCGCGAUGAAGGAUGUUGCCGGGUUGUAUGGCAUGUUGCCGCCGCUGUUUAAGACGGUGCAAGAGCAGACUGGUAUGCUGCCACCGACCUGGCUGGCCACAUUGCCUGAUUCCAAUUCAUCACAGGCCUAA